UGGCAUCUUCUUAGAGGACACGUGGGAUUAUGUAGUGCUUGACGAUCACCCAAGUCAGCACAUGGCCGUGGAGAUGGUGGUCACUGGUCUUUGAAGGACUCCCUCAAUGCGAAAGAACCGAGAAAUACUUGAUGUCCAGGUUCUGUCCUUGCAACUCGUUCCCCCCGCAGCAUGCCUUUUAAAGCUUGUUUUCACUAAAAACAGGCCUGCUGCGUUUAAUGAAUUACUGUGCGAGCAGGCGCUUAGCAAGGCUGCCCAGAGUCUGCAGCGAGUUGUUGGCAGCAGCGCCUUCGAAAGGAUAUUCUUGUACACUUUGCAAAGCAAGGAGCUUUGCAAGAAUGAUUGCCUUGGAGCUGGUGUCGGACGCAGAGUUUGCGGCGCUGAAUGCGGCGGUCACAGCCGCGGAGGAAAAGUUUGCUGCUUUGAAAAAGCUGCCACGUCACAGUGGUGACUUGACAACUAGCAGUCGGGCGCGAUCGGAUGCCUCGCCGACGGUCGGCGCGGGCGGAGCCGCCGAGGGUGUGAGUGUCCUGCCGGUUGCAGGCAGCAGCUCGGCAGGAACGCGGGAUAUAGAGGAUUUCACUCCACGUGGCGUCGUCCAGCGACGCCCUGCUACGGCUCAUGGUUGUGUCGCAAGGCAGGGUGGCUAUGGAUCGGGUGGCGGCUUCGGAUGCACACAAGGAAACAAUGGGGUUGGUGCUGGAAGAAGACAACGUUGGGGGCAGCGGCAGGAGGAGGGGGAGGAGAAGGGGGUGCUGCGGUUGGUGGCGAGUCGGGGGGCUCUGGCCAGGUGCGGGGCCAGCUCCUCGUCCUUUCAUCACGAUGUAGCGAAACUUGACCACGAGUCAGACUACAUAGAAUCGCGCACGGGUGGUGAAGGCGGAAGCGAUGGAGGGGAGAGAAGAAAGAGUUGUGGUGAUCCGGAAGAGUCCAUGGGAGGUCUUUCGCAGGACUCAUCCUCGGGAGGAGGAGAAGCUCGUCCCGCUGCACAAGAUAACGACACCACUGCUGGCUUUGGGAUUGGGAGCGGGACUGGAACGGCGGACGAUCGAGCACAUUCGGGUACCGAUGCCGGUGGCAGCGAAGGUGGACGGACAGGUAUGCCGUCCCAAGGGUCAGAUGAUUGGGGCGGAAGCGACGUGCUUCGGCAACCGUUGCCGCCGCCACAGUCGUCGUCAACAAUUGUGUCCAGCCACAGCAACAGGCAGAAAGGCCGAAGUACAGCCCACACCGCCUGGGCAGGAGGCAAGAGGCCAACGCCUUUGUUUCUUCGCGGAGGACGGUUGUCUGUCACAGAUGUCAGUGCAGCGGAGUGGUGCGAGAUGCAGGUUGACUUUUCGCUGGUCAAAGGUGCACCGGAGCCGUCGCCAGUUAUGGUAGCAGGAUCGACGCGGCAUGCAGAACUCGAAGCAGAGGUCGUGACGAAAGUCAAGGUAGAGGUUACAACUCGUGAAGACUCCUGGGCGCUCCGGAUUCUUAACAGCUUGAUGGGUAUCAACAUGAUCUUUGAGAAGGGAAUGACGCGGGAGUUGUAUGUAUUGGGCCAGGUGGAUGGCGUAUGGAUGACGGGGAUCAUCGACGAGAUUAGCAUGGUGGAUGGCACGCCUCGGCUGGUUGACACGAAGACGCGCAGGAGUCCGACGAUGCCAGCUGAGGCACAGAAACGAUCGACGAGGGUGCAGUUGAUGUGCUACAAGAUCCUCUUCGACAGCCUAGUUCGAGGAGAGUUCAACGCAGAAGCAUUCUAUAAACAAUACCGCUUGAAGCGAGAGCGGAAGCUCGCCAGAGACGUUACAGACUUUGCUGAGGAGUGCGGGCUAGGGAGGGGAGAUGAGGUAGCGACGCUCGAAGGCGUAGUCAAGGCAUUUGUUACUAUGUGCCAGGCACUCCCACUCACCGACGAGGAACUUCUUGUGAGGUACGAAUGGCAAAAGGACAAGUCUCUGAUAGGUGAGGAGCUGUUCGACUUUGACAGAAACUGGAUUCAAAGUCAAGUGGCGCGGCUUCUGCAGUAUUGGAAGGGAGCGCGGAAGGCGAACCCUGUUGUCAGAGAGGAGGCUUGGAAAUGCAACUACUGCCCUUUUGCAAAGGUCUGUCACGUACCAGAGGAGUACGCAGCUCAACAGGCGUGGGAACAGACGUCACAACAAUGAAUGAAGUAAGUACAGGGCUCAGGAGGCAUGUGAACAGACGUCAGGGAGCGCGGAAGGCAAAGCCUUUUGGCAGAGAGAGGCUUGAAAAUGCAACUACUGCCCUUUUGCAACGGUCUGUCACGUACCAGUGGAGUACGCAGCUCAACAGGCAUCAGAACAGACGUCGUCACAGCAAUGAAUGAAGUGUGCGGCUCAAGAGGCAUGGGAAUGGAUGUCAGAGAGCGCGGAGGGCGAAGCCUGUUGUCAGAGAGGAGGCUUGGAAAUGCUACUGCCCUUUCGCAAUGGUCUGUCACGUACCAGCGGAGUACGCUGUGCAAGUUGCGUGGGAAAAGACAUCACAGCGAUGAAUGAAUGAAGUAUGCAGCUCAAGAGGCAUGGGAACGGACGUCAGAGAGUGCGGAGGGCGAAGCCUGUUGUCAGAGAUGAGGGUCGGAACUGCAACUACUGGCCUUUUGCGAAGAUCUGUCUGUCAUGUACCAGAGGAGUACAUGGUGCAAGAGGCAUAAGAACAGACGUACAAAACAGACAUCCGAGCAAUGAAUGAAGUACACGGCUGAAGAGGCAUGGAAACAGACAUCAGGGAGCGCGGAAGGCCAAGCCUGUUGUCAUAGAGGAAGCUUGGAAAUGAAACUGCCGCCCUUUUGCAACGAUCUGCGACGUACCAGUGGAGUGCACGGCACAAGUUGCGCGGGAACGGACAUCACAGCAAUGAAUGAAGUGCACGGCUCAAGAGGCAUGGGAACAGACGUCUUGCGCCACAUGAGGACAGACAUCAGAGCAAGGAAUGGAGUACGCGGCUCAAGAGGCAUGAGAACAGACGUCUGGGUGCGCAGAAGGCGAACCCCGUUGUCAGAGAGGAGGCUUGGAAAUGCAAUGACUGGCCCUUCGCGAAGAUCUGUCGCACGCCGGAGGAGUGCGCGGCGCAAGUUGCGCGGGAAAAGACAUCACAGCAAUCAAUGAACAAACAAAUUGAUAUUGAAACGUACGAGAGGGGUACAGGGCGGCACGCAGCUCAAGAGGCACGGGAACACUGCCUGGGCUCAAGAGCCGAGGCACGUGCGCAACAUCGAACUUCUGGCAUCACACGAUUCACAUCACUUUCAUGACAGGACGAAUCCGACCGUCAAGGACUUCUUUCUUUUCUCUAUUUUUCAACGUUUUUACGUUAUACGUCUUUGCUGCGCCAUUUACAGCUUUACCGUGGAUAAAAAAAAGGUUUCUAGGUCGUUCGGGACAUCCGUUAAAAUUGGAAUGAUACAGAGAAGGGUAGAUUUGCAAUAUGGCCCCUGCGCAAGGAUGACACAAAUGAAUCGAGAAAUGUUCC